AUGAAGUUGGCUAUUCUGAGCGUUGCACUUCUGGGAUUCUUCCUGGCCCCGAUUUUGGCCAGCAAUAACAUCAACGAACAGAACCAGGGCAAUGUUGGGGGAAGUUCCCACCAGUCUGUGAGCAUCGACCAUCAAAAGCAGGUGGUGAAUGUGGAUGAUAAUAAUGGCUGGAGAUCCUGGAACACCGUCUGGGAUUACAAGACUGGUUAUGCCGCCACCCGGAUCCUCUCCAAGAAGUCUUGUGUGGUCACCAAAAUGAAUCCAGAAAUCAUGCCAGACGUCACUACACUCCCCAAAGCCAUCAAGGAGAAGCAGAAGGACAGCAAUCGAGAGUCGGCAGACAAAGAGGUCACCUACAUGGUUUCCUCCAAGAGGAUUAUGGACCUGACCCCAUACGGGAAGAACGUUGAAGCUCUGUGCAGAGGAAUCCCAACCUAUCCUGCUUUUGAAGUGAAACGUCAAGGCUUUUGGUAUUAUUCUGGAUCCUGUUUCAGAGCAAACGUUCUUUGCCUCCUGGGAAUCAACUAUUGUGGAGAAACCUUUCAAAGCUAAGCAGAAAACCCCAAAUCAGCUUCUCCUACCUGACAGCUUGUUCAUCCCUCAGAG